UCAGCUCGCGAUUUCACUGAACCUAUUAGCAAACAUUCCUUUAAAUUUCUUUCAGACUUACUGAAAGACGGGUUUGGAGAAGAAAAAUGGUUUCAUUGUUUAGUGGUCGAGCCCGUCCCAGCAGAACAAACGCAGAAGAAGACUCCGAGGCUGAUCGGCUACAUACUGUGGUACUAUACAUAUAUGUGGAAUGGCAGAACCAUGUAUGUCGGAGAUAUCUACGUACGUGAGAAAUGGCGGGCACGUGGUGUUGGCAGCGCCCUCUGGAAGCAAGCGGGGAAGAUGGGCUACGAGAUGGGAUGUCGUAAUAUGGUGUGGACGUGCCUCAAGGACAACAAAUCGGCGAUGUGCUUCUACGAGAAGCUGGGAGGGGUUAACUUGACCACUACCCAGGGCUGGAACACCUACAGAAUGGAACACCCAGAAAUGAAGAAACUCAUCGGCCACUCUUAAAGAUGUUGUCUCUAGAAUAUUUUAACAUUUAAACAUUUAUAACAGAUCAUCGGCCAGUCUUAAAGAUGUUGUCUCUAGAAUAUUUUAACAUUUAGACAUUUACAACAGAUCAUCGGCCACUCUUAAAGAUGUUGUCUCUAGAAUAUUUUAACAUUUAAACAUUUAUAACAGAUCAUCGGCCACCCUUAAAGAUGUUGUCUCUAGAAUAUUUUAACAUUUAAACAUUUAUAACAGAUCAUCGGCCAGUCUUAAAGAUGUUGUCUCUAGAAUAUUUUAACAUUUUGACAUUUACAACAGAUCAUCGGCCGGUCUUAAAGAUUUUGUCUCUAGAAUAGUUUGACAUUUAGACAUUUACAACAGUGCAUCGGUCAAGGUUAAAGAUGUCUCUAGAAUAUUUUAACAUUCAAGCAUAUACAACAGAUCAUCGACCAGUCUUAAAGAAAGAAAGAAAGAAGUGUUUUAUUUAACGACGCACUCAACACAUUUUAUUUACGGUUAUAUGGCGUCAGACACUGUAGCUGGUUUCCUCUCUAAGACUAUAUGUCAAAAUUACCAAAUGUUUGACAUCCAAUAGCUGAUGAUUAAUAACCAAUGUGCUCUAGUGGUGUCGUUAAAUAAAGCAAACUUUAACUUUGACUGUUAAACAGUUGUAUGUAUCCAAAAUAAAAAGAGGAGAUUUAACCUAUACAAAUUAACAGUCA